UAUGUUGCCAUCCCUAUUGGCGUUAUGCCUUGCCACGGCUUCGUCUCCCGUUCUUGCCGCAACUGCUGGCUCUUUUGCUGAUGCAGGGGAUACCCUCGUGAGCGCGAUGAUGCUGUUUGUUGGCAAUGAAGAGAAGGUGUAUAUUCUAGACAAGGCGGAGGGAAAUGCAGCGCAGGUUAUGGGUCAUCCAGCGUGGGGAUCAGUCUGGGAUAUGGCCACUCACCAAUCAACCGUUAUGGAUGUGCGGACAAACGUUUUCUGCUCGUCAGGGAUGCACCUGCCCAACGGUUCUUAUGUCACAUUUGGCGGCAACGGUGCUGUCGGACCAGGAGGAAACCUUGGGUCCCAACUCAAUCCUGGCGGCUACUCCGCUGCAUGGGACGCCACCUAUCAAGAUUUCGACGGAACAAGAGCAAUUCGAGUCCUCAACCCAUGCCGAAACUCUGACAAUUUCGCCUCCGCCAAUUGCCAAUGGUUCGAUGAACCCACCCUUCUGUCCAUGCAAAAGAGUCGGUGGUACUCCGCAGCGGAGCCUACAGCAGACGGCACUGUCGUCAUUAUCGGUGGUUUUGUGAAUGGAGGAUAUGUCAAUCGCAACUACCCCAACGUUGACCCCGAAUUUGAAGGUGGAGCCGCGGAACCGACCUACGAGUACUAUCCACCUACUGGCGCGACUCCCCAGACCUUCCAGUUCAUGAUAAAGACCUCUGGCCUCAAUUCAUACGCCCAUACCUUCCUAAUGCCCUCGGGUAAGAUGUUUGUGCAGGCGAAUCUGUCCACAGUGCUCUGGGAUCACGUCGCAAAUGUGGAAACUCCCCUGCCUGACAUGCCCAACGGCGUCGCUCGCGUUUAUCCAGCAUCAGGCGCUGUCGCGAUGCUGCCACUUACCCCAGCCAACAACUACACCCCGACGGUCCUCUUCUGUGGUGGAACGGACAUGCCCGACUACGCUUGGGGCAAUUACACCUAUCCUUUCAUUAACACCUGGGAAUACCCUGCGUCGAAGGACUGCCAGCGCAUUACCCCCGAACCUCAAGAUGGGUCAUCGCCGGCCUACCAGCAAGACGAUGACAUGCUCGACGGGCGAACUAUGGGCCAAUUCAUCAUCCUUCCCACCGGCAAGCUCCUUGUCGUUAACGGCGGCCUGAAUGGCACUGCUGGCUAUGCUCAAGCAACGCUUGUCACCACCUCAUACGCCGACAUGCCUUUCGGAGAGUCGCUCGCCUCAGGCCCAGUUCUCACUCCCGCCAUCUAUGAUCCCGAAGCAGCGAAGGGUAGCCGCUGGUCUAACGCCGGCCUCGGGGCCUCGACUAUUCCUCGUCUUUACCACUCGUCAGCCAUCCUUCUUCCUGAUGGUUCGGUCAUGAUCGCUGGAUCAAACCCUAACGUCGACGUCAACUUGACCACUGUUUUCCCAACGACAUACAAAGCAGAGAUCUUCUACCCACCCUACUUUUCAGCCAAGACGCGGCCAGCUCCCACAGGGAUGCCCAAGACGCUGUCGUAUGGAGGCAACCCACUCGACCUCACGAUUCCUGCAAGCUCUUACUCAGGUUCAGCAAAUGACGCCGCGGAAUCCGCACAGGUUGUCAUUACACGAGGAGGGUUCACGACGCACGCGAUGAACAUGGGCCAGCGUCUCUUGCAGCUGAACAACACCUUCACCGUCAACAAGGACGGAUCGAUCACCCUUCACGUUGCGCAGCCACCUCCCAAUGCCAACCUCUUCCAGCCUGGACCGGCGUUCUUGUGGGUCAACAUGAACGGCAUUCCGAGUAAUGGCACGUACGUUAUUGUGGGCAAUGGGGAGAUUGGAUCACAGCCAACGUCAGCGGCUAGUGUCCUUCCUGAGAGCGUGCGCCUGUCAGGUGCUUCGGGCACUGCGGACUCGAGUAGCACCAGUUCGGGAGGCAGCGGCUUGGGCACUAACAGCAGUACUGACGAGGAGAGCAAGUCGAAUUUGGGCACCAUUAUCGGCGCAUCCGUUGCCGGUGUUGCGGCCAUUGGUAUCCUCGGCGCGAUUGUCGGCAUCUGCCUUGCUCGUCGACGACGGGCAGCCGCUCGUACUUCACCAUCUACUUCGUACCCCAUGACCUCCGCUUCAGGACCUGGCAUGGGCGGUGCGCUGGGUGCUGCGGGUGUGGGUGCUGGUAUGGGUGCUGGGCUUGGCAGCAGAGGCAUGCGAAGCUCGGACUCGAGCGCUUUCGUGCCCCUGCAGCAAAGCAACCACAGCCAGGCGUGGAACGCGAGUGAGGUCAGCCUGAGUGCACCUUACCGUGACCACGAGGCAGGGUACGGAAGCGAGAGGGGCAGCGUUGACCCCUACAGUGCGACGCCCAUGCAGCCACAAGGCGCUGGUGCGGACAGACAGUAUCGGUACUA